UUUAGCGCAGUCGUUACUCAAGACGACUCCUCGGAAGGCUGGCGGACAUCUUGUGACGUCACACAGGUAGAGUCUCUGGUUUGCCAGGUUCCGUUCAGUAUGCGUUUGGAUCCUGUGUUGGCUGUGAGACUUUUUUGGGUUCUCGACGAUGUAGGAAAAUACGCGCGAGGAUGUGUCGCAUCGUCAAAUUGAUCUGUGGAGCUGUGCUGAUGAAUCUGUGGCUUGCUGUGUCCACCAGCAGUUUGACAGCAAGAAAUUUGAGUUCCAAUUCUCAUCUUCUUAUGAUUCUCAAUGGGACUUCAUCAACAUCACUUCAGUGGCUUAAAACCAACCAAAGUGGAAAUGAAUCCCAACCUGGAUACAAGAAUAGAGGAGUUAACCUAAUGAUCCAGAUUGAAGAUUCAUCACAGCAGAACAUUCCGAGAAACAUUGAAGAAUCAGGUACAGCUUAUGUUAGACAAAACGAAAAUUUCUCCAAAACACUGUCCAUUCUAGCACCUGAGGACAGACAGUUUUCUGUACAAAAUAACAACAGAUUCAGCUCAAAUAAUAACCAAAUAAUAAAUGGUGCUAACACCCAGAUUGUUGGAAACAGUCCGAACUCAGCCAUACAAAUGGUACAAAGUUAUGUUGAAAACAUGAUCAACAGGCAAGGUGGGGACCGUCCAGGUUAUAUCAUGAUAAACUCCCCUAACCCUGCCAUUAUUAGUCAGCUUACAGAAGUUCUUACUCAGCACUAUGGCACAUCCUCUGUUAUAAGGGAAUCUGGAGCAAUACAAAAUUUUCUCACCAACGCACCUAAUGCUGGAGUGAUGGGAACAGACACACAAGGCACAACCAAUUCACUUUUGUCUUCAAAUUCCAUGCCAGUGUUUCCUCACGCUCCUUACAAUUCCAGGAGGACGUCAAAUGUCUCCAGCGCACAAGCACGGCCCUCGCAUACAGAUUAUAUAACUCAGCAGCUGUCUGCUAUAGCAGAUAUCUCAGUGUCCUCUGGAACACUCAUUAAUGACACUCUCAGCCAUCAGUCAACUAAACAGUUCCAAACACCAGAAACUCCAGUCAUACAUUUCACAAAGGGAAACACACAAUAUCUAAAUACAAGCGACAUAAGCAAUGAGUUCCCUAACACAGUAAAUACAGAUCACAGCAAAGGUGAGAAUAAUCUUGAAGAAAAUGUCAUAAUUGAUGCAAAUCAUUCAUUCAAAGACUCCUCUUUAAACAAUUCUAAACUACACAUUGCAUCAGCUCCACCUGAAAACUCUCAUAGUGAGGAGUUUAACAAUUCCUUUAUGUACAACAUGAGUUAUUCAGCCAAUUUGACCAGUACAAACCGAAGCCAAAUAAAAAACAACAGCGAAAUAUACCCAUUAGGAGCUCCUUUCAGUACAACUGGUUAUGAGGACUAUUAUGAGGAGAUAGAUGGUGAGAUUGUUUUAAGCCCAACAAAAUUUAUGAGAAAAGCUGGACCUCUUCAUGUUGGUGACUUAAGUGAAUAUGAAUAUUACAGCCAUGAAGAUGAAGAUCAAAGUGAAAAUCAUCAAAUUGGAACCUCUUCCAAUAAAACAAAACAGGAUCUUACUAAAUGGACACAAGCUAAUAAUACGUCUCCUGAUGGAAAUAACGAAGAAACCUCCAAAGACAAAACUAUCAAUACAUUUACCCUCUUGAAUAAUGACCAAGUGAGCAAUAUCCAAGGUAAUUACACCACUCUUCAAUUCAGCAGUGAAACAACCCCAGUCCUCUCAAAUACAGAACAAGCAUACUAUAACAGUAAUGGACACAAAAGAGUAAGCAACGACACACUCUCAAGUUCUAGUUAUGAAGGCAAUCAAACAACCAAUUUACUAAAUGGUCAUUCUGGCUCACUAAACAUAUAUUCCCAAACUACACCUUCCACACAACUGCACUUCAUACAACAAAAGAAUAAUACUAAUUCAGAAAAACCUCAUGAUCAGACAAUACAAUCUGAUAACAGUUCUAUUGAUCUAGUAACCAUGGGAUUACCUUAUAAACAAUCUGGAAGUGCAUUAGAAACUAAUGUAAAUAAUAAUUACAGUCAAAAUAAGGUAGAGAGUCCUUCAAUGGAAUUCAGUGCCAACAAAGUGCUGGAUUAUCUGGUGAAAAUGAAUCACAAGGACUUGAAAGUGUUAGGCAUCUCAGAAAACAUGAAAGAUGUCGUAACCUACUUGAAUGCAAGAGAUGAUACAGAAGUAAAAAAUGUUACUUACAAGUCUGAUAGUUAUAGACUACAUAACUCCACACUUUCAAAUACAAAAGAUGAUCACACUCAAGUAAGACCUAACUUUAGCCCUGGACACUUUCGUCAAAGUGAUGUGAGCCAACAGCAGGUUCCCCCUAACUUUUUUCCCGUUCGGCCAUCACAACACAGUUCACUCCAUCAUCACGAACACGGUCACAACGCAGGAUCUCUUCCCGAGUUAACUGAAGAGCAGCAGCAGAUUAUAUCACGUCUUCCAGUCGGAAUGCAGCAUGUUGUGACAUCUAUAGUACAAGCAGUGCAAGUUCCCUUACAAACAACAACUACUCCUUCCUCUACAUCCCCUCAGUAUCCUGUUCCAUUUCCAUAUCCUUAUCCUUACCCAGCCUAUCCUUAUUACCCACCACUUGGCCACCCAUAUCCACCAUUUCAACCCCUAACAACUACUGGUCCUCCCCUCAAUAUACAUGGCAACAACCACCCACCUUCUCAAAAUAAUCAUCACAGCUUAAACAGCAACACCGGUAACCAUGCUCAUAACCAUCAUCACAUACACAACUCACACGUAAACCAUCAUGAUGAGCACGACAGUCAUCACGCUCAUUUGUUUAAUCAUUCAACACAUGAGAACCACGGGCAUCACGCUUCACAAGGACAUGAGGGUCAUCAUCCAACACAUAUUGAUCACAUAAACCAGCAAAACAGAAACCACCAAGGGUCUAAUACAAGUCAUAUCAAUCAUGGAGGCCAUAUUAAUAGGAUCACUCAGAGAUUUAAUAAUACUAGCGACACUAAUCAUGAUAUUACUCACUUUAAUAAUCCAAGUGAUGCCCAAAAUCAUCACUCUACAUUAUCUGCUAAUUCAUCAUCACCUGUUACAACUAAUCCCACAAUUUCUGAAACAAGCACUCCUCACAAUGUCCCAUCAUCUUAUUUUACCUUUGGACCAGCUGUUAAUCCCAUCAUUAGUCAGUCGAGAGUUGGUGAAGUUGAUGAAUCACCUCCAAAUGAAAAUAGAGACCGAAAUGGUCCUGUAUUCUAUGCUGCAGGAGUUCCAGGCAAUCAAAAUCAACGUCCCAGUAACGGACAGCGUUGCAGUCAAACAGGUAUGUCAGGAGGUUCCUGUCAUAAUAGGCUGAGUCUGGGUGGAUCACCUGCUUCUCCAGACAGAAACCAAGGUCUGUUACAAUUACGUCAAGAUGCUUCUCACAUGGGAAAUGGCCAACAAGCAAACUCAGGUAUAGUAAACUUCCGUCCCCCUGCUCAAAACAGUAUGCAAAUGGGAUCACCAGUCCUUAAUGUGGUCUUGCCGGAAAUAGCAACACCUUCGACCACCAGCGAACCUGGACCUCUUAUUGACCCUAAUCCUCCUGAAACUACAACAGAACAGCAAGUCAAUGAAGCUCCUAAUGCCAUGAAUCGCCAAGAAAUGAAUUCACUCUUACAGUCACUCUUUUCUUCCCCAACACUCUUGCUGCUUGGCAUUGUAUUCGCAACCAGCGCAGCAUACAUGGCAAUAGCCAUGGAGGAACAAGCAGCACAACAGAGGUUUCAACAAGCUCAAUUAGCUGCAGCUUUUGGAGGGCAGCCAUUCCCACCAGGACGUAAGCGGCGUAACAUUCACACUGACGAUUAUUUCUCAAAGAAUAGGUUUCCACUGAUCAACAAGAUUUUAUGAUAGCUCCAGCUUCCUUUUUGGUGAAAUGGUAGUAGUACAGUGCUGUUAAAUAAUCCUUAAAUUACACUGCUAAAAUAAUAAAACAAGAGAACUCCAUGAAUUCAAGGCUACAACUCAGGCACAAAAGCUUCAAGUUGAAAGAAAUCCAAUUACAAUAUUAAUGUGACAAAUUAGUGGAAUGCAUUACUUCAUCAACUGUUAAACCCAAGUUCUAACUCCUGGACAUUCAGAAUUGCUUAUGAGAACGCAAAAGUUUUUUUAUUCUAUUUGCAGUACAUGACAUCUGCAGCAGAACUGGGUACUACUAAUAUCUUUUCCUUUUACAAGAAUUCUGUAAAGAGGCUUACCAGGCUCUUCGAAAGUGAUGGGAUCCCAGGAGAGAGAAGACUUCCCAAGAAAAUUAAUCCUGUAGUUAUGAGAAGAACGAGUACGUAUAUGGAAUAAAGUAGUAAUCAUAAGAUUUGGGGUACUAAAAUUUAGUUAUGCCUCACACAUGACAGCAUGAUGAUUCAUUACCUGGAUAUGCUUGACAUAAUACCCUUUCUAUACAUGUAAAGUGCAUUUUUGGGCAUUAUUAAACCUCCUUUUGCUAGUUUUGUUUUAUUAAUUCCUGUGAUCUUCUACCAAGGCUGCUAGAAGCUCAAUCUUGCCAAAGGGACAACAGGAACUGGUUAACCUUAGAUCCAGCACAUCUUGUGAUUCACUCAGCCAGUGGAGAGAUGACUAUGAUUUCCAUCAAAUUUUAAAUCAUUCAAGAAAAUGACCUACUAAUUUUUAAUGUUUUAACUGCAUAAUGAU